AUGCACUCCAGCAGCAAGCAGUUGGCCCUGCACCUUUUUCUCCUAUUUGUAGGUAGUUGCAGUCCUGCCAAAAAGCCCUACCAGUCCAAUGGGACUCCCGUCCAGUCCGGUUUGAGUUUGAAUCGCUCGAAGCGCGUGGCCAUCUUUAAUGGUUCGGGUACAAACAAGAUUGUUUGUGGACUGGCUUAUCCCAUCAAAGAAGCCGAUCCUGUGGAGUCCUUGUGGGGAUUCAUCAACUACCAAGCUCAGUAUGUGCCCUCACCAAUUCCCAUCUAUUGGUGGAGUUUCUGGAAUACCUCGACCUUUGUUUCAACAGCUAGAACUUGGCAAAAGGAUAUAAAAAUUCAACUGAGACGGGACGGAACUCGAAUUUGGUUAUACGAUAUUAUUGAAACUGGCUUGGAGCGAUUUGGUGGGAAACAUGGAGGUGCCUGUCUUCUAAGAAGCAUUUGCGAGAUAUCUCAGAGACCCUUUCAGCACAAUAAUAUGUUUGGUGAGAUACUGAACGCUGUGCUGAUACCUCAAAUAGACAAUGUUCCUGGAAAAUAUUUGCAAGCCAGAGAUGCUGGAAAUGCUGGUGCUGACUGCACGAAAACAUACUUCGAUUGCACUAAAAAACUUUGGUGCAAACUUACCAAAAUGACUAAGAUGUCUUUCUAGGAAAAUACAAUUAUAUAACAUUGAACACCAGAAAAGCUUUUUAAAUCUUUAAA